UUAUAGUUUAAAUACAAGCAAACAAACCAAAGGGCCAAGAGUUGAUAGAGGGGAGUUUUUUUGUGGACAAAUCUCCCUUCCAAGGAAACAGCAGAGCAGGAGAAGAAACGAAACCAACUGGCAUGCCAGUAUUGUCAAAUUCUGUUUCAGUUCCCAAUAGCCGAUUUCGGUUUCUAUUUACCAGCACAGAGCCAGCAUGACUAUAAAAAGGACAGAGAGCCCUAACAGCAGAUGCAGGCACUCGAGGGAAGUUCAGGCUGUGGAAGGACAGGGGAACGGAUUACUUUCCUUUACAACUUAAUGAUCCAUUGAAAUCAUGAGUGACAUUGUAAAAACUUCCAUAAAGAAGGCCCUGCUGAAGAUGGACUGCCACUUCACUUGGGUGCUGCUAAAGGAGGACAUUGAUCCGGAUGAACUGGAGGAAAGAAUUGCGGAUCAGAUUGAGUUUUUACACUCCAAAUCCAAAAUUCAGAAUUAUCACCUGCUAGCCUAUGUAAACUAUUUGAAUGGCAAGAAGGAAGAAGCUCUGAAAAACUUACAAAAGGCUGAAGAGGCUGUUAAAACAGCGCACCCUAGAGACGCUGAGAGGCAAAGCCUUGUGACCAGGAGUAACUAUGCUUGGCUGUACUACCAUAUGGACAAACUGGCAGAGGCACAAGAGUACAUAGACAAGAUAGAAAGAACCUGCAAGGAACAUGGAAGUGCCACACCUUAUAAGAUUAAACUCCCCCAGAUCCUUUGCGAAAAGGGGUGGGCCCUUCUCAAAUUUGGGGGGAAGAAUUAUGAAAAGGCCAAGGAAAGCUUUGCAAAAGCCUUACAAGAAGACCCCGACAACCCGGAAUUUAAUGUAGGAUAUGCGAUCACUGUGUACCGCCUGGAAGAUCAUUACGGGAAACAGUCUGCAGCAGAAGGCUCAUCACUGGAGCCCUUGAGGCGGGCAGUGCAGCUGGACCCGGACGAUGUCUUUGUGGUGCCCAUCCUUGCCAUAAAGCUGCAGGAAAUCGGUAAUACACCAGAAGGGGAAGAGUACAUUGAGAAAGCCCUUGAAAAACACCCAGGUGUUCCUUAUGUGCUGAGGUAUGCUGCCAAAUUUUAUAGGAAAAAGGGUGAUGUGCAAAGAGCCCUGAAGUAUUUGACAGAGGCCUUGAGCCUGACACCGAAUUCAGCCUUCUUGCAUCACCAGGUUGCAAUUUGUUACCGAAAACAAUUCUAUCAGCUUAAAAAAGCAAAUGGGAGAGGCCAGCCCACUGAAGAGAUGGAAGAGCUGAUCCGACUUUGCAUCGAUCAUUUAAAGAUAGUGGUAGAACGCAAAACCAAAUUUUUCUAUGCACAUCUGGACCUUGCCAACAUGUAUGCAGAAAGGGCACAGCUUGAGGAAGCAGAAGAAAUGUUCCAGAGGGUGUUUGCAAUGAGCACACUAAACAGUCUUGAUAAGCAGCAGUUGUAUGUCAGUUACGGAAACUUUAUGGAGUUUCACAGAAGAUCUGAAUCUGAAGCUCUGAAGUUUUAUCUGGCAGCAGUGGAAAUUGACCAAGAAUCAAUUGACAGAAAAAAAGCCAUAUGCAAUUUGAAGAGGUUAAUGGAAAAAAGAAUUAAGAGAGGUCUAGCUGAUGCAAAGAGUUUGGCUACUCUUGGGUUUGCUCACCGACUCCAUGAGGAAAAGAAAGAAGCAAUCGAAUGCUAUGAACGAGCCCUGAAACUGGAUCCUGGAAAUGAAGAAUAUCUCAGUGCUCUUUUGGAUUUGAGACUGUCUUUGCAAAGCUAAACUUUCCAACAUUGCUCAUACUUUCUUUCUUCUUAGUUAACACUAUUUUAACAUAUGUAGCAAUGUUCAUAAUCUUCUUAAUUUACCUUUAAUUAAAUAUCAAUAUUCAUUGAUGUGAUUGUGUUUUACCAUUUUGCCAUUUUUGCUGUAUUGCUUUGGCCACUAUAUUAUAUCACACAGAUAUCUCAGUUAACUUUUGUAGUUGAUAUGUUUUUUUAAAAAAAAUUACAUUGUAUUAGUUGUGGAGUAUUUUCUAAACCCAAUGUAUUGUGGGAUAUUAAAAUUCCCCAAAGUGUUUGUGUGUACAGCAUUAAAUGUGUUUCGUUCUUAAAGUAUGAUCCACCACUCCCCCCCCCCCCAAAAAAAAACCAAAAGGGGGAGUGAGAGUUAAAUUAAAAAAAAAAAGUAUGAUACUAUAAUAUGUAUAUAUGUUUUCAAUCACCCUGGUGAAUUCCACUCAAUGUAAGUGUUUCAGUAUCUCACAAAUGAGGUCCACUUGUACCUUAACUACUUCAUUAUUUUUCUCAGUACCAUACAUUAAAUUGACACAAAGGAUUA